AUGUCUACUUUGCAACCUAGGAAGGCGACAAGUAUAAUGCAGGAUGCUGAGAAAGCACUUGAGUUGGCUAAGCUUCAAAUUGGAUCCACUUUGCUUGCGGAAAAGAAACAACCUGGGACUAUUGAUGUUGGAAAUGGUCAGAGGAUCGUCACAAAUGUCUAUCUUCUUGAAAUGUCAAAAACAAAAGAUUUAUUUCGUUAUGAAGUGAAUGUUUCUGGAGUUGGACAACGUGAAUUUGAUUUGACUACUCGAUCUUCUUCAGAGUAUUUUUUAAAUAUAAUUAUUUUCUUGAGAUCACUAGUUUUUUUAAACUCCUCCAAUACUCUAAAAAGAAGAUUAUCUAUGAAUAUGCUUCUUGUCCUUUUUAAUGAUAUUUUCUUUAGAGAUAGGAAAUUUAAGAACCUCGAUUUUUGA